GGUGGUGAUGGUGGCGGCCGGGGGGAAGCGGCUCCUCCCCGGAAGGGGCGGUCGGUACCCGGCGGCGCGGAACUGUGCUGGUCCAUCCCUUCAAGAUGGUGCGGAAGCUGAAGUACCACGAGCAGAAGCUGCUGCGGCGGCUGGAGCUGGUGAGCUGGGAGGCGGCGGCGGGGAGCUUGGCUGAGGUGAAGGCGCUGCGGCGUUACCGGGUGGGUCGGCGGGAGGACUACGUGCAGUACAAAGCUCUGGCCCGCACCGUCCGCGCCUUGACCCGACGCCUCCGCGAUCUGGGUCCGGCCAGCGCCGCUUUCCGCGCCCGCUGCGCCUUCGCGCUGCUGGAGAAGCUCUACGGGCUGGGGCUGGUGAACAGCCGGCAGUCUCUGGCCGUCUGCGAGAACCUCUCGGCCACUGCUUUCUGCCGCCGGCGCUUGCCCUGCCUGCUGGUGAAGCUGCGGAUGGCCCAGGACCUGCGCCACGCGGUCACCUUCGUGGAGCAGGGACACAUCCGCGUGGGGCCCGAGGUGGUGACAGACCCCGCGCUCCUCGUCCCUCGCAACGUCGAGGACUUCAUCACCUGGGUGGACGCCUCUCGGCUCCGGCAGAAGGUGCUGGACUACAACCAGGAGAGAGAUGAUUUCGAUCUGGCUGCCUAAGGGAUGCCCGGCAUGGCCGGACUCCGCUCUGCUCUGCUUCUCGGGAUGGAACGUGGAAUGGGAGAACCACGGCCCUUCCACCAUCGCAUCACACACCUCUUCCAAACACACUCGAAAAGGGGAGCAGGGAUGAAACGUGGAGUAAACAUACUCGCUUCUAGUGACGAAUUACCCUGUUCCGAGCUCCCCUUCACAGCUCCGUUCAUCUGCCUGGAGAAACGUCCCCUCUGCAUCCAUCACUCCCAGAAAAGGUCCAAGAGCACGGCUCCAUCAUCCAUGCUUCCCGUCAAGCCAGAGUGCUUGGAAAGAUCUCUGUCUGCUGGGAGGGGCUGUAUCCCUGGCCAAGUGUAUGUUUUAGGAGUUGGCAGCUUUGCUGCUGCUUUUCAAAGAGGUUGCCCGGCCGGUUCCUCCUGCAGCUGACAAGUGUGCAGCAACCAGAGGAGCUGCUUCUGGAAGGGACUUCUCUAGAAAGUUGUGUAUGGGGGGAGUGCAGAUGUUGUUUGGGGUCAGCACUAAGCAAGGAAGCCAAGUACUGCAUUUCUGGAACUGUACAAGUUUUAGCUAAAAACAUUUUUU